CGAUAUCCUAAAGACGGUUUUCAAAUUGCACACAAGUGUUUGUGGAAGCAUUAAUCCACUGAGAGCUCCACUUCUGCACAAGUUCCUGUCAUUUUAUGUUCCAGAUGAAGCUCCAAAGCACAGAGAUGAGGAGGAUAAUUUUAUCCUUGGGAGUCUACAUUGCUGCUUUUAAUUUGAGGGUUACAGCUCUGGAGAACGAUGACAUUUGCAUGAAUCCAAUGAAUGCUGGGCAGUCAACAAAUCCUAGUUUAAGGAAUAUUGAAUGGUACUACAACAAAGCUGAUGACAAAUGUAAUCCAUUUUUCUAUGCUGGAGAAGGAGGCAACAGAAACAGAUUUUUGAAUGAGACAUACUGUUUGAAAACCUGCUCUCAGAGAUAUGAUGAACUAUUCCCGGAUGGAAGUUUAGCAUGCCAACUGCCGAAAGAACGAGGAGACUGCCGUGCCAUGAUACUAAGAUGGUACUACGAUAAGAAGACUGAAAGUUGUGAUACUUUCUUCUACAGUGGGUGUCAUGGGAAUGGAAACCAAUUUGAAAACAAGAGGAGCUGUUGGAACCUAUGUGUUGCAAACAAACAAGGUCGACGCAUCGUAGAUGAAGAAAUUGACGUUCAGCAGAGAGAUGAAGGUUAUACUGUUGCAAUUGUCUUUGGAUGUCUUUUUGGAAUUACUGUCCUUGGCGUCAUUGUUGCACUCGUGAUUCAGAGGAAAAAGCAUAAACGCCAUACGGAGAAAUCAAAAAGUACAGAAGUAGAAAUGCAAUAAAACAGCUAUCAAGUUAAUGAAAAACAUACCUAUUUCCUGAAGAUACAUUAUUCUUGGAUGUAAAGAGUCCAUGAAUUUUUUAUUUUAGAUAAUGAUUUUGUACGUUGACUUUUUUAAGCCUGAUAAAAGCAGGAUGUUUUAUGCCAAAUGUCCCCAUGUGCUCCUCUUUCGUAAAUCCAAAGGACGUUAUUCAAGUGUUUUAUUAUUAGCAGUGAGUCAUAUUAUAAUGCUUAAAACCAUAAUGCAAUAAAUAAUUAAUUGUACAUUAGCUAAGAGAAGGACAAAUUGAUACUUGAUUAUAUUUGUCCAUAUCUGUAUUUUACUUUAAUACUUUCAACAUUAAUAUUUUUUGAAGUAAAAAAAUACAGUCCAGAACAAACUCACAUGGAGAAUAUUGUUUGAUAAAAAUAUAGAGCAAAACAAGAGUAUUCAAAUUGUGAACGUUUGUAUUGAAAUAAAUUUUAGUUAAGUUUUAUUUUUGUGUUCUGUAUUGACACUAACCAUAAACUAUUUCCUCAUUUUGGGUAAAGUCAAACCAUGAAAAAGCCAUUUUAGAAUAACUAGUAUGCUUUUACACCUGAAGUCAAAGUGCCAUUUCAAUAGCUUUUAAUGCACCCUGAAAAAGAAAUAUCAUCAGUAUCUUACAUAAAGCAAUGUUUAUAUUAUGGUUAUUAGAUUUUAAUACUAGUAUAUUUAGUACAUGUGAUGAUUUCUUCCUUGUUGUUACAUUUCUUACCAUUUUAACCAUAUGAACAGACGGGAGCACCAAAUUUGACCCCUUUAGACAUUUAGACAAAAGAACAUAGGCCCAAUUUAGAAAUAUGCAUUGAUACUACUGAAGCAUAAUGUUCAUAUGUUUAUUCUGGGAAUAUAGGUGGCAAAUACCAAUUAGGUGAAGGAAAGUCUUCCCUAUCUGAAUGCUAACACUCCAUCCUUCAUGUCCCGUUGAGUUUACGUUAAACAAAGUUCCUGGACUAUUUCAGGAACUAUAUCUACGACUGCACAUCCUUCAUGGACUUUGUGGAAGUCAUGCCUGUUUCAAGCUGGAGUUUCCCAAAAUUCCAAGAUUCACAAAAAAUUGGCUGUGAUCAAGUGCCAUAACCCAAAGUAAGUAAUACAUCUUUUGGCGUUAAAGGGAUUUCCAAACAGCACGGGCCCAUAUGAAUGGCAGAACAAUGCAUUAUGCAUUCUCAUAACAUUGUUUUCUAUUUAAGCUUGCUAUGAACUGCUGAUUUGGGCGAUCCUCUGGUAUAUUAUGAAAUAUAUCUAAUUUCCAUCUAUGAAAAUUCUUCAAAUAAAAAGGUUGCAUUACAAGAGUUAUGAUGAAGUCAGAAUUGUUGGUAAUGCUUAUAAAGUCUAAUAAUUAAUUCUGAAAUUUUGUGUUGUUCCACAUUUGAAAACUGGGCUUUUACAUGUUUUUCUAAUAUUUAGUUAAUUAAACUGUAAUUCAAUCAUAGCAGUUUUUAGGACAUUCAUACAAUGAACCAUGUUUCUCGUCUGUUUAUAGAAAGAAUAUUUUAUUCAAUGUUAUGUAUUUGAAAUACCAAAAUUGAAAAUAAAGCUGAUGCCAUUGUGUCUUUUAUUUCAUAAGC